AUGUCCGCCACGAACACCACACCUGCAGGACAGCAGGUCAACGUCCUAUUCGUCUGCCUCGGCAAUAUCUGCCGCUCCCCCAUGGCCGAAGGCGUCUUUCGACACGUCGCCGCCGCGCACCCGCUCAUCAACCAGAUCGACUCGGCCGGUACCGGCGCCUACCACGCCGGCGAGGCGCCCGACCACCGGACGAUGACCACGCUGCGCGCCCACGGCAUCACCCGCUACGUGCACGCGGCACGCAAGGUCACCAAGGAGGACUUCCUGACCUUCGACUACCUCCUGGCGAUGGACAAGUACAACCUGCGCGACCUGCAGGAGACGCGCGCGGCCGUGCUGGCGGCGUCGGCCACCAAGAAAGCCCCGGUGAAGGUGGCCGAAGUGCGCCUGUUCGGGGAUUUCGGGGAGGGCGGGGCCCUGCAUGAGCGGGUGGGCGGGGGCGAGGUGGUGCAGGACCCUUAUUAUGGGGGGGUUCAUGGGUUCAAGGAGGUUUAUGAGCAGGUGUCGCGAUUCUCGAGGAAUUUCGUCGAGUACCUGGAGAAGAAAAAGCAGGGGGUGGAAGAGGAGUGA